AUGGCAGACAUCUCAAGUGACAAGAAUCAAUCCCCAGGCCCUGCAAAGCUGGUCAAACAGCUCAUGGUGGACACUGCUGCUGCCAUGGCUGCGUCACUCGGUGUUGCGCCCUUCAUCACCAUCGUGGAUCGCGCUAUUAUCGAGAACGCCAGUGGCGCUCGCCCGCUUGGUCGUGGCAUUAAGGAGCUCUCCAUCAGCUUCCUCAAAAACCCAUUACGCUUCGUAGGCAAACGUGAGUUUCACAUUGUCUUUGGUCUCUAUACAGCCACGUACAUGGCUGCAAAUGCGGUCGACUCUGUCUGCGAGUACAUUGAAACGGACAAUCAAAUGCCCAAGUUUAUUGGCACGACGGCCGUCAACAUGUCGCUCUGCAUUGCCAAAGAUCGUGCCUUUGCACGCAUGUUCGGUGUUAUUGCACCUGCGGCUUUUCCACUGGCGUCCAUUGGUCUCUUUGCUGUACGUGACUCGAUGACUUGUGCGGCGUCAUUCAAUGCACCUAAAGUGCUGGCCAAGAAAAUUGAGGACAACAAGCUUAUGGACAAGUCCAAUGCCGGAACUUUUGCACAGCUCAUCUGCCCUGCAGCCGUGCAGUUCAUUUCCACGCCAUUGCAUUUGCUGGGACUUGACCUGUACAACAACAAGGGCCACACCAUGACCCAGCACGCGAGCUUAGUCCGACGUGAAUACGUCAAGUCCGUCCUUGCUCGUGUCGGUCGAAUUGGACCUGCCUUUGGUGUCGGUGGUGUGGGCAACGCUUACUUCCGCAACAUACUUCGUGCGAAGCUGGACUAG